CCCGUAGUUGCCUUGGCAACGGCGACGGGCAGCUGCGGCCUGCGCGGAUUUCCACGCCUUUCCGAGGAGCCGGCAAGCGAGCAAGGGAGGCGGCGUCGGCGGCGUCCCGGCGAGGGAGAGGCGCGCUCCUUCCUUCCUUCCCUCCCGUCCUUUUCGCCCCCGGACCGUAAGUCCCCCCCCCCACGCAGGUAGGUGGCUCGUCCCGCCUCGUCGCGUUAACGGGCGAGGGAGUUUGGCUCGCGGGGUCCUGGAAGCAGGGCAGCCCGAGCAUGCGCAGAGCGCCUUCUCCUCCCCUAGCGCUGAAGAAGGUGCGCUCCCCUGAGCAUGUGCAGAGUGCUUUCCCCGCUGAAGAAGACGGGGCUGUGUUUAGCGCUUGCGCGGCUUGUGCGCACACAAGACUCCAGUGCAAUAACUUAGUUGGUCUCUAAGGUGCUACUAGUAGGAUUUAAAAAAAAUAAAAUUAUUUUGUUUUGACUAUUGCAGACCAGCAUGGCUACCUACCUGUAAAUGCGAUUGAGUGUUUGGGGUGGGAGGAGGGAGGCUCUGUUAAUUUCAUUGUACACAGGUAGUACAUUGAAAAUAAAAGUAUUAUUCUUAUUAUUAUUAAUUUAUUUUCUUGGCGCUGAGCUCCGCUGGGAAUCGGUAAGGUUUGUUACGCCCCUGAGAAGGUGCCCUGCUGGAUGAGUAGCCUUGUCUACUGCAGCGUCAGGUUCCCUGCCAGGUGGCGCAGGGGAACCCAUACGCCAGGUGUGAGCCUUUUGUGUUACGCCUUUAGGCUCCAGGUAGAAACGUUCCUCUUUUACCUGGCCUUUGGCCGAUUCAUAUCCAAUGCCCCACAUCCAAUUGGUAGGUGGGUGGGGGGCGUUUAUUGGGUUGUUUUCCUUUGUGUCUUUAUAUUUUUAUUUUAUCUUGUGAACUGCCCCGAGGCCUAUAGGGUGGUAAAACAAAUUAAAUUAAUAGUCAUAAAGAUCCUCUCAUCUUUGUGCGCCUCCAGCCGCUGGUGUGAAAAAGAAAACCUCCAUGUUCAGGGGCCCCAUCAGUAGCAAUUAGCUGUAUCUUCUGUGAAUUUGGUCCACCCUUUUAAAAGGUCAGUUUGUAAUAACUAGGCCAAUGAUGAUGAUGAUGAAUUAGAUUUGUUCACCGCCCUAUACCCGCAGGUCUCAGGACGGUUCUGACGUCUGCAAUUUCCCCAAAUGUGGGAAACUCAACUACACCGCCGGCGGGAACACAUAUUGGGGCAAUAAGGCUUACUGCCUGUCCGAAAUCUCCCACCCAUCAGUUUCAUUUCGUGACUCUGAGUUAGUAUUAGCAAGAGGCAGUAAACAUCAUUAUUCCAUGUAAAUGUGAUUAGGAUUGUAGCUACAAAAGUUAGACAUUGAUUAAUACUUUCAUGUGCUUCUAUGUUACGGACUUUUGUGUUUUGAGAUUGUAAACUGCCCUGUGAUCCUCGGGUGAAGGGUGGUAUAGAAAUGUUGAUACAGGCAACCAUCCAUUUACAUUCAAUGGCAUAUUUGAAUCACCAUUGGAAAAGCCUGCAAGCAUCCUGUUCCGCCCUGCAACAUUCCACCCUUUUUUUGUGACUUUUUGGGUCACUUCCGGGUUUGGUGCAAUGCGUGUGUGCACGGUUGUGCAAAUAUUGAACACAUGUAAAUGCGGGUUUUUCCUUUAAAUACUUUGUACCAUAAAAGAGCUGCCUUAGAUUCAUUUACAGAAAAUAAUCCCCUUUUGGUUAACUCUGCAGGGAUUUCUUCAAAUGUCCAUAGAUCGAUAGGACUCUUAAAAAUGCAGAUUUUCUUCUGUUGAAUAGCCCUUCUAUUUGAACAGUCCCUUAAGAAGAAGUGCUACCAGGAUACAAAUGCAAAGUGAUGCCAACCAGUAUCAAUUUCUCUUUGUUCAGGUGUCUCUACAUACCUCCCAAGGAGGUAUGCAGCAAACCAAGAAAUGUGAAGGCACAUGUUUGAAAAAUGGAGCAAGUGGUAUGUCUUUACUAUUUAGUGACAGCUGAACUGUGUUUUAUUUACCUGCCUUAUAAUAAAAAUUAUUUUUCAUUAAGAAUGUAAAUCCCAUCCCUGCUUUCUUCUGUGGGGUCUUUUUUGUUUUUGGUGCUGCAGGAAGCAGUGGUAAAAGAACGUCUUCAGGUUCUCAAAUGGCUGAGAAAACUGUGACACAGAAAAGAAAGCCAUUACCCACAUCAUUGACUUCCCCAGAUCCUGUAAUUAAGCCGCAGCCCAGGCCCAGUGACAGACUUAAUCCCAAAACAAUUGAUCCGGUAAGUACAGUCAGAACUUCUGGUGGCUACAUAAAGAUGUUAGCCCAUUUCUUCAGAAAAUUAUGCAGGUGAUUUAAAAAAACGUGGAGAAAAAGGGCGAAUAAGGUGAUAAGCACAAUCUCUGCUGAACUGAGUUAAGAGUAUCAAAAUUUGGGGAGCAAAUCUCUGCUGCUCCAGAAUACUCCUUGCCAUUCUCACCCUUUGAUUUUUCAUUCCGUCCCCACAACAGCCACUCAGCAUUCAAUGCCAUCUGCCCAAGAUUAUUCCUCCUUGGCUGACUUUCUUUUCGUAAGCAAUUUUUAGAAGUAACUUUGCUGGCAGAUAUGUAAGUUUGGAAAUUCAGUUGACUGCCCAUUCUUGCACCUCUGAAUUCCAGGGUAUGCAGUAAAAUACAGCCUUAGUUUGGGAACCCUGGUUUGGGAUUCUCUGUAGUCACAAGUUUUAGUGGAUUUUGCCUUGUAAAGCUGCAGGCUCCCUCGGCCUGAAAGUGAGAUGAGCGCCACAACCCCAUAGUCGCCUUUGACUGGACUUAACCGUCCAGGGGUCCUUUACCUUUACUGCUGGUGGUCAUGAUGGCAUUUUGUAUGAAUGGUUGCCUUGAGUGAAACUGUGUCUGCCUCAGGUGACAAAAGUGAGUAGUAAAUGGCAAGACUUCAUAAUGUCUAUAUUUCCAAGUUCUAUAAUUUAGUUGGAAAGUUCUGAAAAUUGUUUUUUCAAAUAAUAAAGUACAUUCUCAGCAACAAAGAAGUGACUCUUAUAUGACUGUUCCUUAUAUGCAUGCAGUAAAUUAUGAUAUUCUUGUAAAAGUGAAGCAUCCCUGCUUGUCAUUGUAGGUGGUUUUCCAGGCAUUAGAUGCACAUCGCUCUUUAUUUUUUUGUUCUGCAUUCAGAUUAUUUAAAUUUGCAUUUUUGCACCUUCUGUUCAAGCUGUUGUAUGUAUGCUGUUUUUGAGAUCAAAUCAAAGCUAAGCAUUUCAAGUCCUGUUGCUUUUAGUAGGAGACAUUUAAGGACAUUUAAAUGAAUUUUGAAUUAAUAUGGGACUUGAAAAGCAUUUUUUGACUGGUUAAAUCUCCAGGUUUUAAAAAUAAAUGCAACUGAACUUAUCUGCCUCUUGGCUGACUAACUCACUUUCGUCUUUUUAUUCUAGUUUGGUGGUCAAUCAAGAGCGCCUUCAGCCUUCGCUGCCAUUUACUCUAAAGGGGGAAUUCCUUGCAGGUAAGACUUGGGGGUCAGAAGUGGGUGAACAUAAGGAACUUAGUUAAACAGUAGGCUUUGUAUCAUUGGUCAACAUUCUGUGAAGGCUUUUGGUUUGCUUAUCGUAAGAACAAAUGUUCAGAAGGCAUUAUUAGGUGCGUCACUCAAGAUUGCAAAUGGGACGUCGUAUAUGAAUGACACUAAGGUAUUGCAUGUCCCUCAGUUCGUAACUGGUAGGAGGACGUGUGAACAUCUUUUAUUCAAAAGCAUGAUAUGCGAGGUAAAUGUACUACCAGUGAUGUUUUAUCUGGCUGCUGGACAUGGACACCAACCCUUCAUGCUGUUGCCAUCAAACAAUGAAUAUCCAUGUGUGAACAGGCGCUAAAAGCCUUUACUGCAGGAGUGGUUAACCUGUGGCUCUUUGGAUGCAACUUUCAUGACCCCUGACCUUUGGCCAUGCUGACUGAGUAUGACUAAUGUUGGAUGUCAUCCAUAAUUGUAUUAAAACAAUCUCUCUUUUUUGCUUGGACAGUCUUACAUUUUUAAUAAGAGUCUGUUCCAAAUGGGUGGUGCACCAUGCUUGCAAAUAUCAUACAAAAUAUUCCUAAACUCACACAGGCUUAGUUCUUUUGGAACAGUGUUUUAGGAUCUUCUGCAUGAAGUAGGCUCAGUACAACCAUGCCUUAUCGUUGAUGCUUAACUUUUCUGUUUCAGGUUAGUUCAUGGCUCUGUAAAACACAAAUUACAGUGGGAUUGUCGUCCUGAAACGCUACAGUUUGAUCCUCUUCUUAUAACUUUGGCAGAGGUGAACAUUUUUCUCUGUUUCUUUAGAAUCAAGCUGAAACUACCCUUUUAUGCUGUUUUGAUAAUUUGUUGUUUUUAAAUAUGCUGGUCAUCCAUAAACCAAAUACUCCGGCUGAAUUCAUUCAAAUUGCAACGAAAAGUUGGAAGUAGCUUAAAGCAAAGUACCAGACUGUUAACUCUCCUCUUUAAUAGAUUAAAAAGUUGGGGAUAUUGUGUAAGUAAUCUUUUGAAGAAAAGCAAAGACUGUGCGCCUCAGGGGUGAAGUCAGACCGCUGCAUUAGCAGCCCUGAAGUGACCUCCCUGGCACACAGGCCUGGGCAGUCUAUAUGGAGGUCCUGGGCUGCCCAGAUGACACGACCCUGCUCCUGGCUAUACAUAAUCCAGAAUUAUAGCGAGCUGGUAGUAUUCCAGUCCACUGAGCCACCUGUCCCUCUUCUUCAUCAUAACUCUGCAUGGUCUCUGUUGAUUGACCACAAACUGCUGUUCUAUGGGAAAGGAGGUUGGGGAAGAAAAGGCAUUAACAUUGGCCAGAAACCCUGGCCUAUGUGCCUAUCCGUUAUAUAUAUAUGUAAAAAUUAAACAUGUUGUCCCUGUGUGGUGAUACGUUUUAACAGUUUUGUAUAAAUACUUCAUUGUCACGCAUGGAUAAUUGGUGAGUCGUAUAUUAAAUAUUUAUAUAAAAGCAUUUAUAAAAACACUCAAUAAAUUAUUAUUAUUAUUAUUAUUAAUUAAUUAAUUAAGAAGCUUGUUAAGGUUUACUGUUUUACUACUGGAAGCCACCCAGAGUGGCUGGGGCAACCCAGUCAGAUGGGCAGGGUACAAAUAAUAGGUAAAGGGACCCCUGACCAUUAGGUCCAGUCGUGAACGACUCUGGGGUUGCGGCACUCAUCUUGCUUUAUUGGCUGAGGGAGCUGGUGUACAGCGUCUGGGCCAUGUGGCCAGCAUGACUAAGCCACUUCUGGUGAACCAGAGCAGCGCACGGAAACGCCGUUUACCUUCCUGCCGGAGCGGUACCUAUUUAUCUACUUGCACUUUGACGUGCUUUCAAACUGCUAGGUGGUUAGGAGCUGGGACCGAGCAAUGGGAGCUCACCCCGUCGUGGGGAUUUGAACCGCCGACCUUCUGAUCGGCAAGCCCUAGGCUCUGUGGUUUAACCCACAGCGCCACCCGCGUCCCAGUACAAAUAAUAAAUUACUAAUAUUAUCAAUAUUUUUUAAAUCUCUAAGCGGCUCACUUGUUGUUUUGAAAUAGUUUUUUCAGUAUAGCUGUUGCUGAAUUUAGUUUACUAUUAGCUGUUCCAGUAAGUCAAAAUAGUGUUCUGCGCUUCACAGCUGUAUAGCCAAGAGCAGAAAAAAAAUGUUUCCUAGAGGCCUUGCCUUCUACACAGGUGCAUUUUGCAUAUCUUCCAAAAAGAGCAAUACUCCAUCUUCGAUUCUCAGUACUGGAUAUGCAUAGUGAUCACACAUUUUUCCUGUGAGCUUCGCUCAGCCCUACUUCUGAAUUGUAUAUAUUAUCUUGAUUAGUGUGGUUCAUUCAGGACUGCAUUUGGGUGUGCAGUGCUGUAUAUCCUUUCGAACAUCUACAUCUGACCUCAGUUCCGUCUGACAAGAAAAGCCUUUUUAGUGUGCUACUGAAUUCACUUCCUAGAAGAAAUAGCCUGGAAGUCAAUUACCAAAGAUAGGAGUUUGCUCUUGGCAUCUGCUUUGUUCAGUAACCCAUCCAAAUUACAUAAUUGGCAUGUUUCGUUUAUCUUCUGCAUCUGCUACGAGUGUGCAGAUAUAUAAUUAUAAGCAAUAAUUGAAUCACAUCAAACAUACAUUUUGAGCCGCAACAGCGUGUCAAAUUGAAUAUUACAUUUUUAAAGGCUUUCCAAAUCUCUGUUUCUGAUAUGUGAAGAGAGAGAACACUUCUGAACAUCCCUAACAAAUCAUCUGGUGUGCCAUGAUUUCUGAGGCUGCAGUGGAUCAUUCAGUCCUGGAAUCUGCCUGUUCCCUGAGCUUCAGCUACAGGAACUGUUGAGCCACUGGGGGCAUUUCUCCAGUGAGACCCUUAUACACUGUGGGGCAGAAGCCUUUUCAGGACUUGGGAGUGGAGGGGGCUACUAGCAGUCAGUUGUGCCCUCAACUCCCCAUGUCCAGGAGUGUCUAAAUAGGGUUCUGUCAAGGAGUUAUGGUUGUUUAGUGGCAGCUAAGGUUGAGUUGUUUUGUUGGAGUUCUACACGAUACUGUUCUACCUGUUACAGCACAAGCAGAAGGCCUAGAAAUAAUUUGGAUUGUGUACUGUUCCUGAAUAAAUGUAGAAAUAAAUGGAUAAACAAAAUGAAAGUAAGAAAAUACGGUGGUACCUCUGGUUACGUACUUAAUUUGUUCCGGAGGUCCGUUCUUAACCUGAAACUGUUCUUAACCUGAAGCACCACUUUAGAUCAUGGGGCCUCCUGCGCUGCCGCCGCGCACUUUCUGUUCUCACCCUGAAGCAAAGUUCUUAACCCGAGGUAAUAUUUCUGGGUUAGCGGAGUCUGUAACCUGAAGUGUAUGUAACCUGAAGCGUAUGUAACCUGAGGUACCACUGUACACAUGUUGAGAAAUUUCGGUAUGUAAGAUUUGCUUAAUGACGUUAUGUUUGAUGGAGCCACAAGGUGGCACAAGUGUGUUUUGAAUCCGUGUAGUGAAAAGAGUGUAAUAUCCUUUUUUUUGAGGUAUUUGUAUUUUUAUCAGCUGAGAUGAUGGGCAGGUGGAGCUUACUAUGAUGUCGUUCUUAUUUCUGUGGCAGGGAUUAAGAGAAACAAGGCAUCCGUACACAUUUGUAUCCAAGGAGGGCUUUAAAGAAUUGCUCUUGGUGGCAGGUGCUGCUCAGAAAGCCAUUCCGUUGUUGCCACGGCUAGUUCCGGUAUUGAAAGCUGCUCUGGUAUGUCUCUCCCAUUUGUGAACUCGUAUACACAACGUAUUGUAAAGUUUCAGAGAUCAAUAAAUUUUAGGUGGCCUUGGUGGACCAAAUAUUUGCAAAGCCCAGGACAUCUCCCUACCCAGAGAGCAGCGUCUUUGUCCCUGGCCUCGUGUGGCAUUUGGAAACAGCACAGGUUUGAUGACAAACCAGGGUACUCCUUCUGUGUCCAGCACAAAGCCAGAGAGGGGCAGUGAUGUGCUGUGGGCAGCCUCUCCCCCUUUUAGAUGGCUGGAGCUCCGAGCUCCAAAGAGGCGCAGAGUCCAUUCAGUCAUACCUCUUCUUGCGAACGCUUCAUGUUGCGUUUCUACGGGUUAAGAACACUGCAGACCUGGAAGUGUUUACUUCCGGUUUUCGCUGCAUGCGCAGAAACGUUCUGCACAGUUCACGCAUGCGCAGAAGCCCUCUAUCGCACUUCACACAUGCGCAGAAGCGCCGCUCUGGUUACGGAACGGAUUGUGCCUACAACCAGAGGUACCACUGUAUUUCUUCUGCCCAGAUAUAUUGAUUGAUUGAUUGAUUAGAUAGAUUUAUAAUUUGCUUUUUGAAAACAAUCGUCACAUGGUAGCUUGCAAUAUGUAUAAAGUACAAUUCAAAACUAGUGAAGUACAGUGAAGGCACCUGCCGGGUGGCUGGAGCUCAAAAACUGACAGAUGCAAUUAAAAGCCUCCAGUGUGGCUCUGCCGUCCCUUCCUGCAAGGGCCAUAGGGGUGGGUGUGCUCCUUUCAUCUCCAUGCUUGCCCCGGUGGUUGGAACUCCAGCAGACACAGGGGCAAACUUCUGUCUCUGCUUGGGGCUGGAGGAGGGGCAGAGAACAUCGUUCCCCCUUUGCAAUUCCAGUGUUGCAAGGCAGCCUCCGACUCACCUGUCUUUGCAAGGCAUGCAUGAUCCCUUGCAAGCAAGGUUGUUGAGCCAUGUAUGGUUUUAACCAUUCUCAGUUUAAUCGACAUUGGCUAGAAUCCUCGGAACAUGUGCACAAAACAUUGACUUGAAGGUAUAUGGAAGAUAAAAUGAUACCCACAGAUGGCUCAGUUGAUCUGGAUUUUAGCCCUGCUCUAGAGGUUUUCAGCAAUUUAGACUGCUCAUGCUAUAUUAUAUCUGGAUUGCAACUGCUAUUAGCAUAGAAUGGUGUUCAACUGAGUUUUACUCUAGAGUAAUCCCAUUGAAAUUAAAAUGUUAGAACCAUUAAUGAACACGUUAGAACCAUUAAUUUCAACAGGUUUACUUUAAGUAAAGAAGCGGAUGCCAAGGGCUGCACAUAAACAAAAUGCAGAAAUCCCUUCUCAGAAGCUAAUAAUAAUAAUAAAAAAAUGAAUUGAAAGAGGAUUGAAUUCGAAAGUGCCAUCCAAGUGCACUCAGAAAUAAUCUCAUCCCAUCAUGCCACAGCAGUAUUAAAAUCCCACCACAUAUUUUUGUUCUUUUCCCUCCUGCCUACAUUGUAAACCGUAAACCAUGGUCGCUUCCAGCUGCUGCUCACCUGUGCAGUAACAGGCGGAGCUGCACAACCCUAAUUUGUCCCACCUCCUGGAUCAUGUAGACUGGAUCCAGUAGGUGGGGUGAAAGAGGGUUGUUCAGCUUGUCAGUAAAUGCAUUGGGGAAGUCUCUUUGUAGUAGAAUCAUAGAAUCAUAGAAUCAUAGAAUCAUAGAGUUGGAAGAGACCACAAGGGCCAUCGAGUCCAACCCCCUGCCAAGCAAGAAACGCCAUCAGAGCACUCCUGACAUAUGGUUGUCAAGCCUCUGCUUAAAGACCUCCAAAGAAGGAGACUCCACCACACUCCUUGGCAGCAAAUUCCACUGUCGAACAGCUCUUACUGUCAGGAAGUUCUUCCUAAUGUUUAGGUGGAAUCUUCUUUCUUGUAGUUUGGAUCCAUUGCUCCGUGUCCGCUUCCCUGGAGCAGCAGAAAACAACCUUUCUCCCUCCUCUAUGUGACAUCCUUUUAUAGAUUUGAACAUGGCUAUCAUAUCACCCCUUAACCUCCUCUUCUCCAGGCUAAACAUGCCCAGCUCUCUUAGCCGUUCCUCAUAAGGCAUCGUUUCCAGGCCUUUGACCAUUUUGGUUGCCCUCCUCUGGACACGUUCCAGUUUGUCAAUGUCCUUCUUGAACUGUGGUGCCCAGAACUGGACACAGUACUCCAGGUGAGGUCUGACCAGAGCAGAAUACAGUGGCACUAUUACUUCCCUUGAUCUAGAUGCUAUACUCCUAUUGAUGCAGCCCAGAAUUGCAUUGGCUUUUUUAGCUGCCGCGUCACACUGUUGGCUCAUGUCAAGUUUGUGGUCAACCAAGACUCCUAGAUCCUUUUCACUUGUACUGCUCUCAAGCCAGGUGUCCCCAUCUUGUAUUUGUGUCUCUCAUUUUUUUUGCCCAAGUGCAAUACUUUACAUUUCUCCCUGUUAAAGUUCAUCUUGUUUGUUUUGGCCCAGUUCUCUAAUCUGUCAAGGUCGUUUUGAAGUGUGAUUAGCUGCUGCUUAAUUAGCUGCUGGCUAAUUAAGCUUCUGUGUGGUGGAAUACCUGUUUAUGGUGGUUUGUGAUCAUUCGUUAUCAAAACUGAAGAAGCAUUACUUAUGAUCCUAGCCCUCUUUAGACGCUCAUGUUGAACAUGUAAGGGCCAAAAGUGUGUAGUGGGCUCGCCUGGCCCCCAACAUCCCCAUGAGUCCGAUCCGCUCCACCCUGACAAUCCCACAUUGCAUAGAAAUGUCCGAAGGGACUUUCUAUGCAUGAUUGACUUAGAAGUCUCCCCACAAUCAGUCAAGUACUCUUGAGAUGCAGAAUCCAGUUUUAGUUGUGGACAAAAGGCCCUUUAAAACAAUUAGCACUUGAUGAUGUUGGCUAACUCCACUUAAUCUACAUUCUAGUAAUUAAUAAUAUUACAGCAACUGCCUAAUUGCAAGGGGUUAUCUAUCAGUGCUUCUAAUGGGAUUUGUUCAAAGUGUUUGUAGACUUUAAAUACUGCAGUUUUACUGUGCGUGUUUCUGCAGACAAAGCAAAUAGUUUUUAUGGUUAGAUCUUGGCUGCAAACCUAAACAGGGUAUUGAGGAGUGAGUCCAGUUGAACACAGUGAGACUUACUUCUAAGUAAUCAUACAUAGGAUUAUGUUGUGUUGAAUAUUUAAAAGUGUUUAUCUGAAACUGGUGAAUACAUAUGGGUUGCAUUAAAACAGUGUUGCAUAUUGCAGAGUAAAAAACCAGAUAAAUAUUUUUCAAUCUUUCCAUGCUGGAGCAUAAAAACAAUCUAUUUGGUGCAUGCUGUGGGCUAAUCAUUUGUCUGGUCAAUUGGUUUCCCCCUUUAUUAAAGGCCCAUUCAGAUGGCGAGGUAUUUGAAAGGGGACUGAACGCUUUGAUACAACUGAGUGCUGUUGUUGGCCCUGCGCUUAAUGAUCACCUGAAACAUCUACUUUCAAGUGUGAGUACAAUAUUUGGCAGUGGGUUUCUUGUAUUUAAUAAUAAUAAUAAUAAUAAUAAUAAUAAUAACUAUAAUAAUUUUUUUUAUUUAUACCCCGCCCUCCCCAGCCAAGGCCGGGCUCAGAGCGGCUUACAAGCAAUAAUAAAAACAAGUUGAAUGAUUACAACUUAAAAACAAAAUUAAAAUACAACAUUAAAAUAUUACAACAUUAAAAUGAAAUGUAGCCUCAACGCAGGAGGAGAAGGAAAGAAAAAAAGAAAGAGAGGGAGGGAAUCAAAUUGGCUCCAAGCCAAAGGCCAGGCGGAACAACUCUGUCUUACAGGCCCUAUGGAAAGCAAUCAGAUCCUGCAGGGCCCUGGUCUCAUGAGGCAGAGCGUUCCACCAGGCCGGAGCCAGAGUUGAAAAGGCCCUGGCUCUGGUUGAAGCCAAUCUAAUUGUAUUCUUGUAUCCUGAGAAGCAUUUGUUUCAGUUUGUGGCACAUCAUAAUCUAGAUUCCAUGGGCUAAUAUAUUAAUAGCAUGUUGGCAUUUUCACAUUUCUGAACACGGCUUGUGGCAUGCCUAUUGAAGAUGCUCCUUCAGCCAUGUUUUGCAGCAUGGAACGUGCUUGAUAGCCCUUGUCCCAGUUUUCCAAUUCCAUGCAAGCAGCAAAAUAAAGUUUAUCAAGCUGCUCCUGUUAGGACUUGCAUUCAGUUUCUUGAGUCACAAGUUGGUGGAAGCCUGAACGUGUAAAGAUGCUAUGGUCCCUCCGAAUCUGUGAAAUUAAGACUGCCUCUUAUCAGUCAUUGUUACCAGGAUCCAUUAUUCACAAUCUCGUUGGUGCUUCUCCAUGUAAUGGGUACAAAGGAGGACGUUGCAGCUACGUUCAGCAAAUAAACCCACUAUUGUAUUUUACUUUUGCCACAGCUUUCAAAGAGACAGAUGAGCAAAAAGUACAAAGAGCAAACUACAGAUGCCUUACAGAAGCUGGAGCAGUAUGGGGGGAAGGUAAGCUCAAUUGAUUGGUCCGCUCCUGUGACAUACCUAGGUCAGAAUUUGUUUCUCCUGUUGUCUUCGCUAUCUCAUAGUGUUAGGUUAAAUCCAUUGCAUGCAGUCAAGCUGUCAUACUCUGAUGAUGCACGAUCAAGUUACAAUUCCAUAUUGCAAUUCUCCAUAGUUUGGAGACAAACAUAGUAAUUACACUUACUUAAAAACAUUUUUAGUUUAGAGGUGCUCUUCGUGAAGGGCAAACUUGGCAAUACAAAAAUGCCAAGUGUAUUGAUGGUUCUGCAUUAAUAAUAACAAGCAGCCAAAACAGAGGCAGCCAAUAUGUUUGUCUAGGUGCUGUGGACUCCAAUUCCCAUAAGCCCCAACCAGCAUGGUCAACAGCCACUGAUGGUAGCUGUUGUAUCCCAGAACCUCUGGAAGGUGGCAUAUUGUCUAUCCCUGGUCUAAAAUACCAGUUGACGAAGGAAAGAUAAUCAUAGUUUGCAUUCUACAUGUUUGUAGUUCUGAACCAGCUUUGAUUUCAGAUAUAGUUUAUUUCAGCAUCAACCUAGUACCUACCAUAUUAAAUUCUCAUUUUUAUCAACAGGAAAGUUUGACGGUUAUAAAAGCUAAAAUUCCAACUUACUGUUCAAUCUCCUCCUAAAGAGAGAUGUGACGAAGAGCCUCCUUGGAACUAUUUGGUAUUACUUAUCUUCCCCAUACUAAACUGUUGUGGAAUGUCUCAGGGAAACGGGGAUCAGUAUUUAAAAAUGAGGACAAAUGUUAAGAGCGAAUAUGCUCAAGAUGGGUAAUUUAUGGAAAACACCAGAAAUGAUACUUAUUCCAGUACUUCCGCCAGGAAUUGCAAAUCAAUUUGUCUGGUUUAUUACAGUCAAUAAUAGGGAUUGCCCAGUUUUGUAAACUAUAACCAUAACAGUAACAUUAAUACUUACUUGCUGUGUUUACAUGUUUGGGUAUAGUUAGGUAUGUUUAGCAACUGCAGUGAGUUAGAAAUGAAGGCACAAUCCAACCAUAAGUUAAUCACUAUUAAAAGUUAUGCUGACUUCAGUGGGAAGUUAAAAUCAAUAGGAUUUGAAGGUGUUUGACUUUGCCUGGAUUGUGCUAUGAUUAAUUUAUUUUGACCAAGAACUAACUCACUACUGUGUCCAUAGAGAAAAUUAUUUUUAUAGUGUCUAGGGAAAAAGCCUUCUUUCCCAAAAGGUUCUGGAUAGGAAAAUAUAUAAAAUGUGUUUCACUGAACUGAGUCCUCUUUUAGUGCAAAUUGUUCUGCUUUGAAAACAUAGAAAUUCCAAGUAUUAAAAGACAACUAAAAUAUGCUUCAAGUAUUAAAACUUAUAUAUUAAUAAAAGUGUUUGUGAAUGUUGACUCCAUGUAAGCAAGCCCUUUGGAAAAACAAACUGAACCGCCAUUCUGCAUUUUUCAUAUUAUUAUUUUUUAUUAAAGUGCACAUAUAAUUUUCACAAACACUACAGCAAAUUUCAAGUGUACAUGUAUUGUACUACUCAUAUUCCUACACUGGUGAUAGCAGAGCAGCCUUCAACAUGCCUCAUUCCCAUCUCUACACCAGAAUAGAUGCCUGCUUUACUUAUAUUUUUGCAAAAACAGUUUGCAGCUCUCUUUGGACUUCUGUAAGCUCUUCAGAUCCUUUGUGCAGAAAUGUCACAAUUAAGGUUUGCAAUUGUCUGGUACCAGUAGUUAUAUGCUUGUGGGCAGGCAUGUAAGAAUGAUUUGAAUAUGUUGGAGGGGAGGGGGGCAGACGCCUCUUUGCUGGCUACAGUUCAGCAAUGAUGUCUGUGUAAAAGGCAGGGAGGAAGGGACCCUGCUUGUACCCAUUGCUGCUCCAUCCUGACACAUGCUUCUUCCCUCUUCCCUGUAGUAGCCUUUAAAGAAAAAAAAGUUGCCUCCCCUUUCCAAAAAAAACCAUUACCACCACUGCUCUUACAUAACUGUUCUAAUGAACUUAUGCAUCUUCCAGCAUAGUCGGAGGAGGAAAAUAAUUUCAAAACUUGCAGUCCAGUGUCCGGCAUGACUCUAUACUGCUAUGUAUCCUGAGCAGUGAGUGCUUAGAAACUUACAAAUACAUUCGUUCCUUUUUUACUACUAAUUUUGGGCCAGUCCCACAGUUAAAAAGUAGUAGUUCAGUUCCCUUGGACAGUUGCUUUAGUUAAACAAAGCAGCACUCAUUGUAAAGCUAAUUUCUACCCUUUAUGUGGGAGCGUAACACUUUAGUUAAAAUUCAGACAGAAUUUUACAUAAACUGGUGAUCUUAAAGAUGGAAGAUGUUUGCCAUAGGCAACCAUUCACUAAAUUGAUCCAGUAUCCAUCUACUAUAAAAAAGAACAUUCUUUUAUAAAAUGGGUUGAUAGUGAAGUUAAAAAAAUAAUUGCAGGUUGCUACACAAAGAUGGUCAACCCUUAUGUGGACAGAUUCUCCACUGAGCAUAAUGGAGUCUGUGUGUCUUCUGGGCAGGGGGCGAGGUGGAUUAGAUUACCUUCAGGGUCCCUUCCAGCUCUGGGCACAAACUUACAUUUGACAAGUAUGCUGUGUGCUCCAUCAUUAUGGGGAAUAGGGGACACGGGCAGGCUCAAUGCAUGCAGACCUCCCCUUUCCAGUAAUGAUCUGUUGUGAUGUCAGCAUAAGGGGAAGGCAGAGGAAACAGGACUCCACUGCACACAAGGAUGAUUGUGCCCAAACUGUAAUUAGCUGUAAUACCUUUAACUGAGAAUUGUGUAAGAUUGCGUUCAUACACAAGGGAGUAUAAAAUGAAAGAGUUUUAUAGCUAAUAAACUCAUCUAAUAG